AUGACUUUGAGAUUUGAGGAUGAUGAUGAUGACCCUGGGGACCGGAAGCUGACCAAGGCGGAGCAGCAGCGCUUCAAGGAGGAGGCCGAGAUGCUCAAGGGGCUGCAGCACCCCAACAUCGUCCGCUUCUACGACUCGUGGGAGUCCUCGCUCCGCGGCAAGAAGUGCAUCGUCCUYGUCACCGAGCUCAUGACCUCGGGCACCCUCAAAACGUACCUCAAGAGGUUCAAGGUGAUGAAGCCCAAGGUGCUGCGGAGCUGGUGCCGGCAGAUCCUGAAGGGGCUGCAUUUCCUGCACACRCGCACGCCGCCCAUCAUCCACCGCGACCUCAAAUGCGACAACAUCUUCAUCACCGGCCCCACCGGCUCCGUCAAGAUCGGCGACCUGGGGCUGGCCACGCUCAUGCGCACCUCCUUCGCCAAGAGCGUCAUCGGGACCCCYGAGUUCAUGGCCCCYGAGAUGUACGAGGAGCGCUACGAUGAGUCGGUGGAYGUGUACGCCUUYGGGAUGUGCAUGCUGGAGAUGGGCACGUCCGAGUACCCCUACUCCGAGUGCCAGAACGCCGCGCAGAUCUACCGCAAAGUCACCAGCGGCAUCAAGCCAGCGAGUUUCCACAAGGUGACGGACCCCGAGGUGAAGGAGAUCAUCGAGGGCUGCAUCCGGCAGAACAAGGCUGAGAGGCUGUCCAUCCGGGACCUGCUGGACCAUGCAUUCUUCGCCGAGGACACGGGGCUGCGUGUGGAGCUGGCCGAGGACGAUGUGGGGUUGGACCCGGCGCUGGCGCUGCGGCUCUGGGUCGAGGACCCCAAAAAGCUCAAGGGGAAACACAAGGACAACGAGGCCAUUGAGUUCAGCUUCAACCUGGAGGCCGAUGUCCCCGAGGAGGUGGCCUACGAGAUGGUGAAGUCGGGGUUCUUCCACGAGAGUGACUCCAAGGCGGUGGCCAAGUCCAUCCGGGACCGGCUGGCGUUGGUGCGGAAGGGCCGGGAGCGGCGGCAGCCGGGGGGGACCCGGGGGGGCCCCGAGAAUGAGGACACUGAGGUGGACCAGCACGUCCG